GUAUCUGUCUCGUGUCCCCAAGAUUUUAGUCAUGCUCCGUGUCAUUGCUCUCCUCGCUGCCCUCUGUGCAGUUACUUAUGGUUGUCCAACAAUCAUCUCCAAGUCCCAGUGGGGAGGCCGUGCACCCACAUGCCGUACUGCAAUGGCUACCCCUGUUACAUACGUGAUCAUCCACCACACCGCAGGCGCAUCCUGCACCACCCAGUCAGCCUGCAUUACUCAAGUCAAGAACAUUCAGAACAUGCACAUGACCACCAACGAAUGGUGCGACAUUGGAUACAGCUUUCUGGUUGGUGAGGAUGGAAACAUAUAUGAAGGUCGUGGCUGGACUUCAGUUGGAGCUCAUGCCCCAAAUUACAACUCAAACUCCAUUGGUAUCAACAUUAUUGGAACCUUCACAAGCCGUAACCCCAACGCUGCAGCCCAGAACGCAGCCAAAGCCCUGAUCAGCUGUGGAGUCACCAAGGGCUACAUCAAGUCUGCCUACAUCCUGAAGGGACACCGUAAUGUCACCGCCACUGAAUGUCCUGGCAACACCUUCUACAACACAAUUAAAACCUGGCCUCGCUUCCAGGCCUAAGCCCCCCACAUCUCAGAUCUGCACGGCAUGAUCAUAAAGAGUCAAGAAUUACCUACGCCUGCCCCGUGCCGGGCACUAAUGUACAAUCUUUACAUGUGAAUAAACAAUGGAAAACCUCA